GUGAAAGAGUUGGUUGGAGAGGAGCUGUUUGCACGGUACGACCGCCUGCUGCUGCAGUCCAGCUUGGACCUGAUGGCAGACGUGGUGUACUGCCCUCGCCCGGGCUGUCAGACCCCCGUCAUGCAAGAGCCCGGCUGCACCAUGGGCAUCUGCUCCUGUUGUAACUACGCGUUCUGCACCCUCUGUAGCAUGACUUACCACGGGGUCUCGCCGUGUAAAGUCACCGCAGAGAAAUUAAUGGAUUUGCGCAAUGAAUAUUUAGAAGCAGAUGAGGCAACUAAAAGAUUUUUGGAGCAACGCUAUGGCAAGCGAGUGAUUCAGAAAGCCCUCGAGGAGAUGGAGAGUAAAGAAUGGCUGGAGAAGAACUCGAAGGCUUGUCCUUGCUGCGGUACUCCCAUAGAGAAACUAGAUGGAUGUAACAAAAUGACGUGCACUGGCUGCAUGCAGUAUUUCUGCUGGCUCUGCAUGGGCUCUCUGUCGAGGGUGAACCCCUACAGGCACUUCAACGAUCCAGCCUCCCCGUGCUUUAACAGAUUGUUUCAAGCUAUGCAUAUUGAUGGUGAGUUCUGGGAACCUGAAGAUGAAGAGUAG